CCAAGGCCAACAGUACAGGCCGAGGAUGGCAUUUCUGCAGAAGAUCGAAGUCCUAGUGAAGGACAUGCAGAACCCGGAGACGGGGGUCAGAAUGCAGAGCCAGAAGGUUCUGGUCACCAGUGUCCCUCACGCCAUGACAGGAAGUGACGUUCUACAGUGGAUCGCCCAGCGGCUUUGGAUCUCUAAUCUGGAGGCACAGAACUUGGGCAACUUUAUUGUCAAGUAUGGCUACAUUUACCCCCUGCAAGAUCCCAGGAAUCUCGUUCUCAAGCCUGACAACAGCCUCUACCGAUUUCAGACGCCGUAUUUCUGGCCCACCCAGCAGUGGCCAGCUGAAGAUACAGACUAUGCCAUCUAUUUAGCCAAGCGAAAUAUGAAGAAGAAAGGGAUUUUAGAAGAAUAUGAAAAGCCGGGAAUGAACAAUGUGCUGGACUAUGGCCUGGACCGAGUGACCAAUCCGAAUGAAGUCCAGGUAAACCAGAAACAAACAAUCACUGCUGUCAGAAAAGAGAUUAUGUAUUACCAACAGGCCUUAAUGAGGUCCACUGUGAAGUCUUCAGUGUCCCUCGGAGGGAUCGUCAAAUACAGUGAGCAGUUUUUGUCCAAUGACGCCAUCAUGUCAGGCUGCCUCCCUAGCAAUCCUUGGAUAACAGAUGACACCCAGUUCUGGGACUUAAAUGCCAAAUUGGUAGAGAUCCCAACCAAAAUGCGGGUGGAACGAUGGGCCUUCAACUUCAGUGAACUGAUCCGAGACCCCAAGGGCCGGCAGAGCUUCCAGUACUUUCUCAAGAAAGAAUUCAGUGGGGAGAAUCUGGGAUUCUGGGAAGCCUGUGAAGAUCUGAAGUACGGAGAUCAGUCCAAGGUCAAGGAGAAAGCAGAGGAGAUUUACAAGCUCUUCUUGGCCCCAGGGGCGAGACGAUGGAUAAACAUAGAUGGCAAAACCAUGGACAUCACCGUCAAGGGGCUGCGGCAUCCCCACCGUUACGUGCUGGAUGCAGCGCAAACGCACAUCUACAUGCUCAUGAAGAAGGAUUCUUAUGCUCGCUACUUAAAAUCUCCAAUCUAUAAGGAAAUGCUGGCCAAAGCUAUUGAACCUCAGGGAACUACCAAGAGAAGCUCCAGCCUCCCGUUUAUGCGGCGCCACCUACGCUCCAGCCCGAGCCCCGUCAUCCUGAGGCAGCUGGAAGAAGAAGCCAAGGCUCGAGAAGCUGCCAGCACAGUGGACAUCACCCAGCCGGGCCAGCACACUGCUCCCAGCCCUCACCUGGCCGUGUACACCGGGACCUGCGUGCCCCCCUCUCCUUCCAGCCCCUUCUCCCCAUCCUGCCGCUCCCCCAGGAGGCCCUUCCCCUCACCGGGCCGCUUCAUCCGGAGGCCCAGCAGCGCCAUCUGCCCCUCGCCCAUUAGGGUGGCCUCGGAGAGCUCUGAGCAGAAGGGGGAGGCCAGCGGAUCCAGUGCCUGCCCGGGGCCCUCCGACACUGACAGGAGCGAGGUCUUGGCCGCCGAGCACCCCUGGCCCCGGCCCCAGCCCAAGGCCCCGCCCAAGGCCCGCAUGGCUCUGUCCUUCAGCAGGUUUCUGAGACGGGGCUGUUUAGCUUCCCCCGUCUUUGCCAGGCUCUCGCCCAAGUGCCCCCCUGUGUCCCACGGGAAGGUGCAGCCCCUGGGGGAUGUGGGCCAGCAGCUGCCACGACUGAAAUCCAGGAGAGUAGCGAACUUUUUCCAGAUCAAAAUGGAUGUGCCUACGCAGAGUGGGACCUGCCUGAUGGACUCAGAGGACGCCGGGACAGGAGAAUCGGGUGACCAGGCCAUAGAGAAGGAGGUCAUCUGCCCCUGGGAGAACCUGGCCGAGGCGAAAGCUAGCUGAGCCAGGGGCCUUGGACCAAGAAGACUCUCCUGGCAGACUCCGCCAGAGGGGACCAUGGGCAUGCUUGCUCUCGAAACAAAGGCCAUUACGAUCACAUUUGGGGGCCAGAGAGACAAGAUGGGAUGGAUUAUGGGGAGAUGUGCGCUGGCUGGGGUCCUGAUGGCCAAUUCCUACCCUUCCUCCUGACCUUCCCUCCCUUGGGCAGAAGAAAGGCAUGUGGACCAGAUGACUAUACUUGCUGCCUUAAAACCGAUAAAAG